GCAUAUGCAUCCCAGUUGUUAUUUCCUAGCCUCUAUAUAAGAGGCCCAGAGGAGGUUUCUUGAACAACGUCUCCCAAGCUCAAUUGUAUCAACAUCAAUAACCAGCGUUCUUCUGCUAAAGGAUAAGAUGGCUGCUUGCCACAUUCGCUCUACCAGCUUGCCCUCAAGAUCUCACCCUCUAAAUGUCAGUGUUGAAGAUCAAUUGGACAGGUUGAGAUCAUCACAAACAACUUCUACGUCAGUUUACCACAAAUUGAGUGGCCUCAAAGUCUUGUAUGAGUGUGUUGAGGAUUUUCUUCAUUUGCCAUUAACCCAACAAACCCUCUCCAAUGAACAACAAAAAGAAAGGGGAGAAGAGGUGUUGAGUGGAUCUCUGCUCUUGUUGGACAUGUGCAGCACAACUAGAGAUGUUUUUUCAUCAAUGAAGGAGUGCUUGCAGGAACUUGAAUCAUCUCUCAGGAGGAGAAAAAGUGGAGAAUCUGGAUUCGCAAGUGAAGUUGAAGCUUACAUGAUGUCCAGGAAACGAUUAGAUAAAACAAUCCGCAAAUGCUUCAAAAAUUUGAAUAGCAUGGAGAAGAACAUCACUUCAGCAGUCGAUGCAGUCAGCAUGCUAAGAGAAGUAAAAGAAAUCAGCCUCGAGAUUUUCCAAUCUCUCUUGUCCAUGGUUUCUCAGACAAAGGCAAGAUCAAGCUCCCAUGCCUGGUCUGUCGUUUCAAAACUAUUUCAAUCCAAACGUGUAUCAUGCGAAGCUGAACUCAAUGAAUUCGAAAAGAUAGACGCCGAAUUGCUUGUCCUGAAGUCGAGCAAAGACAUCAAUUCUGUACAAGUGCAAAAUACAUUGAAAGGACUGGAGGCAUUAGAGUCAACCAUUCAGGAAGCAGAGGAGGAGUUGGAGGCUGUUUACAGGAAAUUACUGAAAACCAGAGUUACCAUUCUCAACAUUCUCAGCCACUAGUUGAUACUCUUCUCAAGAUGGAGCAACUUUGCUUUCACUGCCCUUCAAUACAAUUUUGCAAGACAGUUUUGCUAUAGUUGUAAACAUAUAGAAAUAUUCAAGUGUACGAAGAUCACUAUGAACAUAAUACAAUGCAAUAACAAUUAUCUUAAAACA